GGCGUGGCCUGUUCUCCAUAAACUCCAGAACAAUCUUUCCCACAGCUCUUGCGCAGUAGAUUCAGCAUCAUUGGUAUAUAUUCAACAUCAUUGGUAUAUAUUCAGCAGUACGCUACUUCCCCACCCUGUUUUGUUAGCGUCUCUCCACUGUUUGUGUAUCCUUCUCUGCAGCCAUGCCGUCUCAGUUGGAGAGUUCCAUGGAGUCCCUGAUCACGGUGUUUCAUCGCUAUGCCGACAAGGACGGUGACUGUAACACACUGAGCAAGAAGGAGCUGAAAGAGCUGAUGCAGACAGAACUGGCCAGCUUCCUGAAGUCCCAGAAGGACCCAGCUGCCAUAGACAAGAUAAUGAAGGAUCUGGACCAGAAUGGUGAUGGGAAGGUGAGCUUCGAGGAGUUUGUCUCUCUGGUGGUGGGCCUCUCCAUCGCCUGUGAACAGAUCUUCCAGCUCCACACCCAAAAGGUUGCUGCUAAGAAGUGAGGGAGGACAGGACAAGGAGAAAGAGAAGCAGAGAUGGAUGCUUUUCUAUAUGUCAUUUUGCUUUUCUAUACGUCAAAUAAGUCAUUUUAUAACUAAGUCUUACUGUUGUGAAUAAACACUGGCUUUCCCACUCUGUA